AUGCAUGCUGCGAUUAGCCUCAAAAAUUUGGUUGCAAUAUCGAUCGUCUUACACAGAGAAAUGUAGCAAUAUUUUUCUCCAUGUUUUUAAGCUAGCGUUGGUGCCGGCUAUAAAUUCCACCACGCCCACGAUCACUCACAACUCAUCAGCUCGAUCGUCGCCACAUUUACACACUACCGAGAGCAUCGAUCGCGCUGAUGACUCGCCUCCUCAUCGUCCUCCUCGGUGCCGCAUUGCCGCUGCUCUUCUCCCUUGCAGAGGGGGGCGAGGUGGGCGUGUGCUACGGGAGGGUGGCGACUGAUCUGCCGGAUCCGGCGUCCGUGGUGCAACUACUCAAGAAAAACAGCAUCACCAUGGUGAGGAUAUACGACACCGACCCCACGGUGCUGCGCUCGCUGGCCAACACCAACAUCAAGGUGACGGUGGAGCUGACCAACGAGGAGCUGCCGCUCGCGGCGGCCGACCAAAAUAAUUUCGCGCUCCGGUGGGUGCAGAGCAACGUGAAGGCCUACUACCCGGCCACGCUGAUCAAUGGCGUGACGAUCGGGAACGAGGUCUUCAAAGAGGCUAGCCAUCUAAACUCUCAGCUCGUCCCGGCCAUGAAGAACGUGCAGGCGGCGUUGGCUAAGCUGGGCCUGGCGGACGCCGUGAAGGUGACAACGCCCAUCGCGUUCGACGCGCUCAAGACGUCGUUCCCACCAUCCGCCGGCGCGUUCAAGGAUGACAUCGCACUGUCGGUGAUGAGCCCCAUGGUCGACUUCUUGCAACAGACCGGGUCGUACCUCAUGGUGAACUUCUAUCCGUACCUUGCGUACCUGGAUACCCCUGGCAUGUCAAUUAACUACCUCUUGUUCCGCCCCAAUAACGGCGUGCCUGACACUGUUAGCGGGCAAACCUACUUCAGCCUCUUCGACGCCGAGCUCGACGCAGUCUACUAUGCGAUGGAGAAGCUCCCGUCGUCCAGCAUGCACGUUGGGGGGAUGAGGAAGCUCACGGCAGGAGGCGGAAGCCUAGACGUCCACCAAGGAGAGCACGGGCACCCAAACAAAGGCCACAAAGGGGUGGGAACCCCACAAAACGCCCAAGAUUUCAUGGCUGGUCUCACCCUCCAAGUGCUGCAGGGUAACUCUGCCACCGCCGCCGCAAACGGGCACAACCUGCUCGCCGCCAGCGCCGUCCGCGGCACCCCGCACCGGCCCAACGCCGAUCUGAACGUGUACAUCUUCGCCCUCUUCAACGAGAACAAUAAGCCCGAAGACGAGCAGGACUUCGGGUUGUUCUACCCGAACCAGCAACCCGUGUACCCGAACCCGAUCGACUUCGUUCAUGGCGGCACCAUCGGCGGGCCCUUGCAGGCAAGCUAUUGCGUGGCGAACGCGGCGGUCGGGGACGUGGCCUUGCAGGCGGCGCUAGACUACGCGUGCGGCAACGGGGCGGACUGCAGCGCCAUCCAGUCAGGCAAGCCCUGCUACGAGCCCAACACCAAGCUCGCGCACGCGUCCUACGCCUUCAACGACUACUACCAGAAGAACGGCCGGGUCAGGAGCGCUUGCGACUUCAGCGGCGCCGGCACCAUUGUGAACCAGGCACCAUCAGGUGCAUGCGACCCGAGCCCGAGCUGGUGCGUGGCGAACGCGGCGGUGGGCGACACGCGUCUGCAGGCGGCGCUGGACUACGCCUGCGGCCGCGGCGGCGCGGACUGCACAGACAUCCAGCCCGGAGCACGGUGCUUCGACCCCGACACCAAGGUCGCGCAUGCGUCCUUCGCGUUCAACAGCUAUUACCAGCGGCGUGGCAGGGCCACCGGAACGUGCGACUUCGCCGGCGCCGGUACCAUUGUCCGGCAGGCACCAAAGAUCGGCAACUGCGUGCUGCCGUCAAGGGCCUGAGGUGAAGAAUUAAACUAGCCAAGGCCAAGCUUUGCUACCCUACCUACGAGAUUAAGCAAUAAUCAUCUGCUGUCAACAAAGUCUAGUUUUCAAAGUUUUGUCUGGCUUGGUCCUUUGAGAACGUUGCCUUUUUGUUCCCUUAGCCCUGCGUGGCCAGUUUCAGGUUUUUAUUUUUAUUUUUUUGGCUUAGCUACUCUGGCAUGGCCUUAACGCUAUAAACUGUCAUGGCUUUGGCUUGCUCCAUUUUAAUAAAAAAAAGGCAGGGGGGUUCAUUAAAAAAGUCUACUUUUCAAAUUUAAAUAAAACUAGUUAAGUAAAUUCAUGCUUUUCAUCAGGUGCUUAUAUUAUAACAAUAAAUAAUAUAAUUAUAAGACUGUUCCUCAAAUCACUUUAGCUACAUUUUAGUCAGCUGACUUUUCAUUUUGUGGUCAAUCGAUUUUCUGUUCGUUGGAUGCGCUUUGAGAUCUGUGUUGUUUCAUUUUUUCCUGUUUAAUUCUGUUCUUGGGUUGGGCUGUGUGGAAUCAAUUUACCCCUAUUUUGGGUCAGUCGAAUUGCUUCUUGGGAUGUUUUUUUUCUUCUGGGUUACGUUGUUCUUUUUCCUUUUUCCCUUUUCUUUAUUGGUUAUUUUUUGUUUUUGUGGGCUUUUGGCUGAGUGUAAUUAUAUACAUACAAAUACUAUAUAAUAUGUGACAAAAAUUUAUGAUUAUGAUUAUUUUUGCAUAUCAUGAUAAAGUGCAAUUUCGGUGAAAAGUUGUGCGCUAGUUUUUUUUUUAAUUUCUCUCUUCUUAAAGGAAAUACCAACGGCACUAAUUCAUUCCUUUUCAGGAAAAAAAUUCUUUUUAUAUUGUUUGUCUUCACUUCAUUUUCAUAACAAAUGCCACUAUUCAUUUGUUCUUGGAUUUUUUUUUGUGCAAAAGCUUCACUUUUGUAUGCUUAUUCUUGCAUAUUUUUAAAAAGCGCAAUUUUUAUGUAUAUUUCCUGCAAAUUAUGUCAGUUUUGUUUUAGAUUCUGUUUUCCUAUUUUCUUUGUUCUUAAAUGGUAAUAACAAUACCACAUAUUCAUUCUUUCUUUUAUGAGUAUUUUUGCUUUAUUUUUUUAUUCCGGUUUUCUGUUUCUAUGCAUUUUUUCUUUUUUAUUUCCUUUUAUUGGUUUUUUUUGUGUUUUAGCCUUUUUUUGUUGACUUUUCUUUUUUCUUUAUGCGUUUUUUUUGGAUGUUGAGUGUGUGUAAAUAUAUGCACACAAGUACUACAUGUAUACUUUAUGUUAGACUAUGGAAAUUUCACUACUAUAUGUUUCUUCUUACAUAUUAUAAAAAGUGAAUUUUUGUA